AAAGAGUAGUGGAGUCAUGGAAAUGGAAGACAGUAAAUCAUGGAAAUCACACUCAUAAAAAAAAACUUUCCUUAGUUUAAAUCAUUAUGUCCAUCAAAUAUGAGACCUGCUGACACUGCCCUUGUCUGCUUCACUUACCUUCUAUAUUUCCAUAAAUGCUUCACUCUCUCAAACCUCUUCCUUGCACUAAAUUAUUCUCUUAUCACUCUCUUUUGGUUCUCCGAUGGCUUCAUCGAAGCAUACACUGCAAGGAUUUGUAGAUAUGUGUUUGCACUUAACAAAUACACCCGCCACGCCGUCAGUUUUCUACACCUUCAUAGUAUUGAUGGUAGUUUGUUUUGUGAUGUAUUUAUAUGCACCUUAUUGGGAAGUAAGACAUGUACCUGGUCCUCCGACAAUUCCACUUCUUGGGCACCUUCAUUUACUCUCCAAGCAUGGCCCUGAUGUCUUCACUGUCCUUGCCAAACAAUAUGGUCCAAUUUUUAGGUUCCAUAUGGGUAGGCAGCCGUUGAUAAUUAUUGCGGAUGCGGAGUUGUGCAGAAAAGUUGGAAUCAAGAAGUUCAGAGAUAUAACAAACAGGAGCAUUCCUUCGCCUAUUUCUGGAUCCUCCCUCCACAAGAAGGGUCUUUUCUUUACCAGAGAUACAAAGUGGUCUUUGAUGAGAAACACCAUAAUUUCAAUGUACCAGCCUUCACAUCUCUCUAGUCUUAUACGCAAAAUGCAGUGUGUUGUAGAAUCAGCAGCUCAAAAUCUUCCUACUUCUGAGCUUGAAGACAUUACGUUCUCCGACCUCUCUUUGAAAUUAGCUACCGAUGUAAUAGGUCAAGCUGCAUUUGGGUUUGAUUUUGGCCUCACGAAAGAACCAUCACUCAAUGGUUCUAACAAUGUUCAAAACGAUGUUGAAGUUGAGGAUUUCAUCAAGCAACAUAUGUAUUCUACUACUACAUUGAAAAUGGAUCUUUCAGGAUCAUUCUCGAUCAUACUUGGAUUGAUAUGUCCUAUUCUUAGACACCCAUUUCAACAAAUACUUAAAAGGGUUCCAGGAACAACUGACUGGAAAGUGGACCAAACUAAUCGGAAGUUGAUGAAAAGACUAGACCAAAUUGUAGAGAAAAGAGCCAAAGAUAAAGAUCGGGGAUCAAAAGAUUUCCUUUCACUUAUAUUGAAUGCAAGGGAAGCAGAAAAGGGAUUGAAAAAUGUGUUUACUUCUGAUUAUAUAAGCGCACUUUCUUAUGAACACUUACUUGCUGGAUCUGCAACAACGUCAUUCACGUUAUCUUCAAUACUUUAUCUUGUUGCUGCUCAUCCUGAAGUCGAGACGAACUUAACAAGAGAAAUCGACAGUUUUGGUGGACAUGAUUUGAUGCCAACAACUCAUGACCUUCAACAUAAGUUUCCUUAUCUUGAUCAGGUGGUGAAGGAGGCGAUGAGGUUUUACACCGUAUCUCCACUAGUUGCAAGAGAAGCAUCAAAACAAGUAGAAAUAGGAGGCUAUGUCCUUCCAAAGGGUACAUGGAUAUGGCUGGCAAUUGGGGUCCUUGCCAAACACCCCAAGUAUUUUGCAGAGCCAAACAAGUUUCAACCAGAGAGGUUUAAUCCUACUUGUGAAGAAGAGAUACAAAGACACCCAUAUGCCCACAUCCCAUUUGGAAUCGGACCUCGACAAUGUAUUGGAAUAAAAUUUUCAAUACAAGAGAUUAAGUUGGCGUUGAUUCAUCUUUAUCGUAGAUACUCAUUCCAGCAUUCCCCAAAUAUGGAAAAGCCUUUGGAGUUUGAGUACGGAAUAGUACUCAACUUCAAGUAUGGUGUCAAACUUAGAGUCAUUAGAAGAUCAACCUGAUUAAUGAAUACAGCAAACACACAACAUAUUUGUGCUCGUGCGGGCAAUUUUUUUUCUUUUCGCUUGGUUGCGCGGAGCUUUGCCUCGAACAGUCACAGUGCAUUCUUGAUUUGUUGUGCGCGGUGCCUCACCCCGCCCUGUGGAGAUGCAAUUUUGAUUUGACGUGCGCGAGGAUUCGCACUGCCCCGUGGCGAUGAAUUUUUGAUUUCGUGCGCGUGGAACUUCGUCUUGUCUCGUGGCGAUGCAUUUUUUAUUUGGUGUCGCGGAGCGACUACAUUAAAUAGGUGCAAAAAUGAGAUGAUCUAUGUGUUGGAUUUUAUUUUCGCAUAAAAUACGUGGUAUUUUUAUUAUCUUUUCCUUUAUGUAUUAAUUUGGAAAUAAGUCCUAAUAUGGUAGGCAGUCGACUUCUGAAUUGAACACGCUAGGUUAAGUUUUCCUUUUAAGUUUGUAAUUUGUAAACUAAUCAUAUGUUGCCAAGUGAUGACCACAAUUGAUAGUU